AUGAUUGAAAUUGAUGAAAAAUUUAUAUGUGCGUGGGUAAAAAAUAAAAUAAGUUUUUUUAAAUAUAAUGUGAAUAAUUUAUGGAAAGAUACUUAUAAUGAUUUAUUGUUCAAAUGGAUAUGUAACACAGGUUCUAAAAUAUUAUUUAUAUAUAUGAAGGAAGAUGUUAAUGAAGAUGUGAAGUUACAAUUUUCAUUAGAUUUUCCUAGUGAUAUUAUCGAUGAAAAAGUUGAUGAAUAUAUGAUAUUUUUAAAAGUUAAUAGUAAAAAGAUAACAUAUGAAAAUAUUGAUAAUUUAGUUUUAUAUAAUAAAAUAAAAUAUAAUAUAAAAGAGAAUAUUCUCAAUUUAAUGGAUAGAGUAUUUAUACCUACUCUAGACAUGAAAUACAGUUCACCUAUAAAUAUACAAAAUGAUUUCAAUAUUACUACUAUAGAUUUUAUGACUUAUAUUACUCAACUAUUUUCUAAUAAUAAAUUUAUUUAUUAUCCUAAAGUUCCAUUACAUCAAAUUCAAGCUUUUUCAAGGGAUACAAAUUAUAUACAACUCCUUGAAAAACUCUUGGAUAAUUGGAUAAACGACAUUCAAAGAUUAUUCAAAAAUAUUUAUGAUGAAGACUUAAAAUACUUAACCCUAUGUGAAUAUAUUUGUGAUGUAGAGAAGAAACACAGUAUAUUACAAGACCUAUUAGAAGAAUUAAAUUUGGAUGUAAUAACAGGUAUAAUACAAAUAUUAGAUAAAAGUAAAUGUGCCAAUGUAAAUAAAUAUAAUGGUUUAAUAGAAGUUAUGAGAGAUAAAUGUAAUAAGUUGGAAGAAAAGCUAAAAGCAUUAAAUUUAUUGAAAGAACCUUUUAAAAAUUUAGAUAUAAAUAUAUCAGUGGAAAAUGUUUACAAUAUUUUACCAACGAUAGUAAAUAGAUUGAAAUUAAUUUUUAAGUUUUCAAAAUAUUAUAAACAUUCUGAGAAAAUAAAUGAUUUAAUAACAUUAUUAUUGAAUGAAUUUAUUAAGAAAUUACAAAAUUAUAUUGAUUUAUCAAAAUUGUAUACAAAAGAAGUCAAAGAAUUAUCAGGAACAUUAGAUGAAUGUAUAAAUUUUGUGACCUAUUGGGAAUACUUAAUAAAUAUUUCAUUCAACAUAUCUCAGGAGACAAAUGAGAAAAUAGAUAAUAUAAUACAAAACUUCAAUUUGUCCAAUAUUAACAUUUUUAAAGAAAAAUGCGUGGACCUAAAAGAAAUAUGCUAUGCUUGCGAACAAUUUUUAUUCAGCAUUAAAGAAGAACAUAUAAAAUGUUUUAGCUAUGAAUAUUAUAAUAUAAUUAAGAAAGGAUUUAAUGAUAUUGAAAGUACGUUUUACAACGAGCUAAAUCGAAUUCGUAAUUUAAAUUAUAACAUAUUAAGUAUACGAAAUAAUGAAUGGUGUAAUGAUUUUUUAAAAACUAAAGAAUUAAUAAAAGUUCUUGAAAGUAUUUUUAUAAACUUGAUAAAAAUAUCCUUUGAAAAUUGUAAUAAUAUUGAGAACACUAUAUUUCUUUUUGAUACCUUUUAUAAGGUUUCUGUUACUGAUAAUGUAAAAUCAUUUAUGAAAAAGAAAGUAAAUGAUAUAUGGUAUGAUUUUAUAGAAUAUGUUGAAUCUUAUUCUAAAUAUUUUAAUAAUUUUCUUGAUAAUCCAACUUUGCAUUUCUCUUAUCAUAUAAGAUAUGAAUAUCAUUCUUCUUGUAUUAUGGUUGCAAAAAAUAUUAGUAUAAAAUUAUAUCGUGUAUUUGAUAAAUUAAAUAAAUUAUUUUAUUUGCCUCGUUGUAAACCACAAGAAAUAGCUUAUGAAAAAUAUUAUGAUGUUCAAAAUUCUCUUAAUAUAUAUAUAAAGCAAAUAAAUAAUAUAUGGAUAAAUGAAGUGAAAACUAUAGCUUCUAAAAAAAAUAAUUCUCUUGUUAAUACAUUAUUAGAUAAUUCUAUUUUGGUAAAAAUAAAAGAUAAAUAUAUUGAAAGUACAUAUAAUAUAGAAAUACAGAAAGUCCUUUCUGAAGUGAAUUUUUGGUUAAAGAUAAAAGACGAGAAAAUUUUUUUACCCAAUAUUAUUAAUGAAAUAUCUUUUCAUGAAGAAAGAUUAAAAGUUAGUAAAGAAUAUGUAAAUAGACUUGUCAGAAAUUAUAAUAAUAUUUGUAUUAUGUUAAAUAAUGAUCAAUAUAAAAUAUUUGAAUAUAUUUUGAGAAAUAUUUUUAAUAAUAUAGAAAAUACAUUAUUUAAAUAUAAUUGGAAUAAAGAUAAUAUAAAAUUAAAUAUAAUUUUUAAUUUUCUUAAUGAAUGUUUACAUAUAAAAAAAAUAAUUUCUGAUUUUAAAAAAAAUGAUGAUCAAAUUAAAGAUAUACUUAACGAAAUGGAAAAAAUAUCUAUAAUUGUUAUAGAUGAUAAAAGAACAUAUACCUUAGAAGAAUUUGAAGAAGAACAAAAUAUAAAUAUUGAAGGUAUCCGAAGUAUUUUAAGAGAUAAACAUACAAGAAUUAUUAAAAUAUUAAAAGACAUAUUAGUAUAUGUAGAAAACAUAUCCAAAAAAGGUUUAAAUGCAUUUAAAAGUUAUAUUAUUAAUAUUGAAAAAAUAUUCCAAGAAAAAUAUUUUAUUUCAGUUAAAGUAUCUUUAUAUAACUAUUAUAAAUUAUUAACUGAUAAAAUUAGUAAUGAUGAAGUGAAAAAUUAUCCUCUAUUUAAAAUAUAUGUAAAAUUAAAUAAAAAUAAAGAUCUUCUAUAUGAUUUCUCACAUCAAUCAGCUAAAAAUUUAACGGAUGAAAUUUAUAAAAAAGCAUCUGAUAUAUUUUUUAAUUUCCCUAAAUUUAGUUUUGUUAUAUUCAAAAAUAGACAAAAACAAGUGAAGAAAAAAUUAGCAUUUGUAUUUAACACCAAUAAUUCAAAUGAUAAAGAAGCGUUAAAUGAUUCACAUGAUAAUCAAUUAAAAAAAAAUGAUAAUAAUAAUCAAUGUACAAAAUUGCUUAAUCAAAUAAACAGCAUAUAUAUCAAUUUUAUGGAAAAAUUAAAAGAAAAAAUAAAGUGGUUAAAACAUUACAAUUUGAAGCUUUUAAGUUUAAGCGAAAAUGAAUUGUUGAAAAAUUUACAUUCAUCUGAGGAUCCUAUGAAAUAUGUCUAUAACCAAAUUAAUGUUUUUAAAAAUUUGGAGGAAAACAUUAAGCAAGACAUCGACAAGGAAAUAAUUUUAUUCAUUGAAAUAAAUUUGAGUACACUGAAAGAAGAACUUCUAGCCGAUUUCAGCAAAUAUAAAAAACUAUUCCUUGAUUACAUUAGUGAUAAAUGUAAAAACAAGUUGGAGGACAUAUAUAAUUUCUUCAAAGAGAAUAGCACUAAUUUGCUAAAAGCUCCAACAGAUAUUAUAGAAUUAAAAGAACAUAACAAUUUGUUAGAUUAUUGUAAUAGUAAUUAUUUAAGAUAUAAAAAAGAACUGGAAAAAUUAGAAGAAGAUUAUGUAAAAUUAAUCGAACUUAAAGGAGUAUUAAAUGAAGAUGAGAUAAUGAAAUUAAAAACUUCUUCAAUUAUAUCAAAUAAGUUCAUAUCAUUAAUGGAUGAAAGUAAAAGUAUGUAUUUAGAUACAAAAGAAAAGAUGAAAAAUGAAAUAAAAAAUUCUUAUAACGAAUUUAAUAAAAUUUGGCAAAAGAAAAAAGCUAUAUUUUAUAAAGAAAUACCAAUAUAUAUUAAUAAUAAUCCAAAUAAUGUAUUAGAAAAAAUCAUAUAUUAUGAAGAGGAAUUAAUAAAUAUUAAAAAUCUUCAAAGUGGAUUAAAGAAUAAAAUUAAUCUAUUUAAUAUUGAUGAUGUAUGUGAUGAACAAAUAUGUGAAAUGGAAAUAGAUUUGAAACAUUUAAAAUAUAUAUGGUUAAUGAUAAAAUAUUGGUAUAGUACAUAUGAUUUUAUUAAAAAUGUUAAUAUUUUUUAUUUGUAUGAUAUAUUGAACGAAUUAAUUAUCAUGAUUAAUGAAUAUAAAAAAUAUCAUCUAUAUGAAAUAUUAUCAUUUCUAGAAGAAAAUAAGUUAAUCAAUUGUCUGAGCGAAUCAAAUUAUGAGAUAGAAGGGAAUAUAAAUUAUGAUAAAAAAGAAUAUUAUGAUGUUAGAAAUAAUACGGUUAAUGGAAUUGAAAAUAAAGAUAAUGACAAAAUUGACAAUUGUGUUAAAGAAGUAUAUGAUACCGAAAUAGUAGACAAAAAUUUAAAUAUUAAAACAUUCUUAAAUCAAUUAAAAAUCCAUUUUUUAGAUAUAUUUGAAAAUUUUUUAAUAACAAUUAAAAUGAGAAAUAAUUGGGAUAUAUAUAAAGAAUUGAAAAAUAAUGUUGGAAAAUUAAAAUUUUCUUUAAUUCUAGUCGAAAUAUUAACAAAUGAAUGUAUAAAAUAUAGACACUUUAAAGAAAUUCAAUUAAAAACAAAUAUUGAAUGGAAUCUUAAAAAUAUAACAUUAAAUGAUAUUAUAGAACAUAAAUUAUAUAAAGAAAUAAAAUUUAUUACACUUUUGUAUAAUAAUGCAGAAAAGGAAUUAAUUAUAGAGAACAACCUUAAAAAAAUUAUUAAUAAAUAUGAAAAUAUGAGAAUUAAAGUAAAACAUUAUAAGUGGUCUAUUUUAAUUGAUGAUACAGAAAAUAUAUUUAAUAAUAUUAAUGAAGAUUUGUUCUUAUUGAAUAAUAUAAAAAUUUAUAAUUUUGAUAUCAACUUUUUAAAAAAAACAGAAAAGUGGGAAAAUAUAUUAGGUAAUCUAUAUGACAACUUAGAAAUUAUUUGUUUUAUACAAAAUAAAAAUGAAUAUUUAAAAUCGAUAUUAUCAUCAUCUAAUGAAAUGAAACCACAUUUAAAUAAUGUAUAUGAACAAUAUAAUAUAUGUAAUCAGAUAUUUAUGAGGAUUGUUAAAAGUUUUGAAAAUUCAUAUAUACUAGAAAAAAUUAAUAAUAAUAAUUAUGUAAGAGAUUUCUUGCAUAUUCAAAAACAACUGAAUUAUAUAGAAAAAUCAUUAGAUACAUAUUUAGAUCAAAAGAAACGAUCUUUUCCUCGUUUCUAUUUCUUAUCUAAUAAAGAAAUUUUAGAAAUUUUAGGAAUGUACAAAAAUCCUUUUUUGCUAAAAAAUAAAAUACAAAACAUGUUUUCUGCAGUAUGUUCUAUAGAAUUUGUACUAUCUGAAAAAAGAACUACACCUUUUCAAAAAAAUAAUUCCAUAGUAACAAAUAUGAUGAAUGAACAUAAUAAGGGUAGUAUAAGUCUGGCAACUCGAAAAAAUUACCAAAAAAAUUUACCCCCCCAUAAUAAUAAUAAUAAUAAUAAUAAUAAUAAUAAUAAUAAUUGUAAUGUUUAUAGUAAUAUUUAUAAUAAUAAUAAUACUUAUUAUAGUGAGAAUAAAGAUAGGAAUAAUUACAAUGAUAAGAAAAAUUAUAUGACAAAUAUAUCUCAAAAUAACAUGAAUAUGGAUUAUGUUAAUUAUUCAUCCCAUUUUGAUAUAUACAUUUUGUCACAACAUAAAGAACGUAUAAAAUUACAUAAAAAAAUGUUAUUAAAUUAUGAAUCAUCUACAAUUAUAUUAAAAAAAAUAGAAGAGAACAUUUAUGAAACUUUAAAAGAAGAAUUAGUAAAUGUGCAGUUAGAACUAAAAGAAAAAAAUUUGAAAAAUUGGAUAUUGAAUAACCCACAACAACUCGUUUUAGCUAGUAAAUGUAUAAAUUUUACAAAUGAUUAUGAAUAUUUUUUAAUUCAAAUAAAUAAAGGAUCUCAUAUAUUUGUUAAUCAAAUGAAGAAGGAAAAUCAUAAAGAAUUAUUAUUUUUAACAGAAUUAAUAAAAACUAUAAAAGAUAAAAAGAAUUAUAUAAAAAUUAGUGCUUUGAUUAUAUUAGAAAGUUAUUAUAAAGAUGUUGCUGAAAAAUUAAUAAAAAAUAAAAUCGAAUGUAAUGACAACUUUUUAUGGAUGUGUCAAAUAAAGUAUAUACUAACUGAAGACGAAAUUAAAGAGAAUUCUAAUUUUGUACAAAUUAUGUCUUUUAAUGAAGAUAAAAUAGACAAAAAUGAUAAAUCAAUUGAAAGUACUACAAAAGAAUCAUUAUAUAGAAAAGGUGGAAGUAAAAAUGAAAUCGAUAAUGAUGUAACAAAUAUGAGAACCACAAAUCAAUUUAGUAAUAUUCAUACUAAUUUAAAUGAGAAAAAAAAUAUUGCUAAUAAUUUUAUUAAGAAUAAAAAGAAAAAUAUAUUAAAUAAUGAUAUAAAUGGAAGAAUGCAAAACGAGAAUAUAAAAAAAAACAAACAAGAUAAUAUGGUUAAGGAAGAAGUAGAUGAUAAUAAUUAUAGCAUACAUGAAAAGAAUAAAAAAAAAUGUGUUGAGGUAAAAAUACAAUUAAAUAAUAAAAUACCAAAUAAAAGUGAGAUUCCUUCUAAUAAAGAAAUACAUAAUAUUAAAAAUAAUAGUUAUGUUGAUUGUUCUAAUGUUGAUGAGAAAGAUGACAAAUUAUUCAAUGACGAGAAAGCAAAAAAAAUGCCAAAUGAUUUUUCUGGUAAAGACAAUAAUAUUGAAAGGGAUCAAUCUGAUUAUCCUUUAACAGAAGGAAAAAAUGAUGAAAAUAAACAAAAUAAUUUAUAUAAUAUGGAUGAAAAUUUAAAUGAAGAUAUAAACAUUAAUAAUAAUGAAUAUGAUAAUAUAAAUUGUAUAAAAAAUAUAAAUAACGUUUAUAAAGAAAAGGAAGAAAAUAAUAACAUUAUUCCCAAAACAGAGAUAAUGAUUAAUAAAGAAAAAAUGGUAACAAAUAAUAUAUUAUUAAAAAAAUCAAAAAAGAAGAAAACAAAAAAUACAAUUACAACUAAUUUAAAUGAUAAGAACAUAGAUAAUUUAAUUUCUAAAGAUACUAACAAAGCAGAAUAUUCUAAUGAUCCUGAUAUGCUUAAUAAAAAUAAUAAACAACUGAAAUAUUUAAAGACAAUUAAUUUAAUGCUGAACAAAUCUAUGACAUUAUACUUAAAUUAUUUUAAUAAUAAGAGAAAAUAUUCAUAUGAGUAUCAAGGAAAUACAACAAGAUUAGUUAUUACGCCAUUAACUGAAAAAUGUUUUUAUUCAUGUUUAAUAUCUUUAGAUAAUUUUUAUGUGAAUGCUAUACAAGGAGAUACAGGAGUCGGAAAAAGUGAGACAAUAAAAGAUUUUUCAAAAUUAUUUGGUAGUAACAUUAUAUCAAUUAAUUGUAAUAAUAAUAAUACGGCAAAGUAUAUAGGAAAUAUAUUAUCUGGGAUAUUACAAUCUGGAUUUUGGUGUUGUUUCGAUGAAUUUAGUAGAAUAGAUGAAGGGGUCAUUGUUAUAAUUGUAGAACAGUUUAGAUGUAUAAAACAUAUUUUACAAAGUUUAGAAUUUAAUAAAUCAAGUCGACAACAAGGAUAUCUUAAUUAUGAAUAUAUAUCGUCUUAUCAGAAGGGAUGCAACUGGAAAGUAAGUACAGAUGUUGAUGGUGAUAAUGUUGAGAGUAAUAGUUCGUGUGAAACGUUCUGCAACGAAUACGAUCCUGAUAAUAAUAAUGAAAAUAAUAAUAAUGAAAAUAAUGAUGAUGAAAAUAAUGAUUUGCUUUUCUUUUUAGAUAGUUAUGGAAAUAAAAAAAUAAGGAAUACGAAAAAAAUUUAUACAAACCAAUUCAAUAAAAUGACAAAUGAAAAUUAUGUUGAUGAUUUUCAUAUUAUGAAUAAACAUAAUGAUGUAAUCAAAUCAAAAGAAUAUUCUUCAAAAUCAAGUAAUAAUAUGAAUGCAUUCGAUCAUUUUUCAAAUAAUAACAAAAAAAAUAAUAACAUUUUGGUAAAAAAUAAUACAAUUAAUAAUUAUAAUAAUAAUAAUAAGUUAGAUAGUAAUAAUAAUGCUUAUUUUGAAGGUCAAUAUAUAAAUGUAAAAAAUAGUUGCUCCAUAUUUUUAACCCUUUGUAAAAAUAACAAUAAAGGUGUAUAUUCGUUGGAAAAUUAUAAUAAUGUUAUUCAAGUGUUUUGUUUUAAACCUCCAAAUUUUUAUUUAAUUUGUCAAUUUUCUUUAACUUCUAUUGGUUUUAAGAAUUCAAAAAAAUUAUCUAAAAAAAUUAAUACAUGUUAUAGUUUGUUAUAUGAAUUUCUUUCAAAAGACAAACAAUAUAUAAUUGAUUUAAGAGAAAUAAAGAAAUUUUUAAACUUGGUCUCAGAAGAUUUUAUAAAAAAUAAUAAAACCAAAUGCGAAGAAGAAAUAAUAUAUGAUGCUUUGAUUGAAGUUAAUGAAUCGAAAUUAUUAAAAGAUGAUUUAUAUAUAUUUAAUAAUUUUUUAAAAGAACUUUUUCCAUUUAUAAAAAUUAAAAAUGAAAAAAAUAAAUACAAUGAUUCUUCAAUUAAAAUUAUAGAAGAAAUAAUGAAAAAUAUGGGAUAUACAAGAAAUGAAUUUUAUAUAAAUAAAAUAUUGAAUCUUUAUAAAAUAAAAAAAACAAAUAAAGCAAUAAUUCUUGUAGGGAAGUCAUGUAGUGGAAAAACUAGUAUUAUAAAUAUAUUUAAACAUUAUUGUGAAAUAAUUAAAAAUAAUAAUAUGAAAGAUAAAAAUGAUUUAGGACAAAUAAUAUAUGAUAUCGAUUUGGAAUAUAAAAAUAAAUCUAAUUUAUCUAAUGAAUAUGAUUAUGAUAAUGAUAAUGAAAAUAACAAAUUAUAUAUAAAUAAUGAUGAAACUAUAUAUUCUAAUCAAAUAAAUAUAUCAGACUUUUCACAAUCAACAACAACACCAAAUAAUAAUAUUAAUAUUAAUAUUAAUAAUAAAGAUACAUAUGAAAGUUAUAAUUUAUUGUGUCCAUAUAAUUUAUUUUAUAAUAAAUUUAAAAAUCAAGGUAAUACUAACAAUAUUACAAAUAAUAUGAACACAAAGAAAUCGAGUAAAUUAAGUAGUACCUAUUCUAUGCAAAAUAAAAAUUCUGAUGGUACAUUACUUGAUAUGUCUUAUAAAUAUAAAAAAAGCACAGAAAUGAAUGAUUCGACAAUUGAUAUUACAGUAUUUAAUCCUAUGUCUACUGAUGUUGAGAAAUUAUAUGGAUUCUAUAAUUUCGAAAAAGAAUUAUAUGAAGAUGGCAUAUUAGCCUUAAUAUUAAAAAAAAUGUUUGAAAACAUCAAUGAAAAUGAAAAAUGGUUAAUUUUAGACGGUCCUUUAGAUAUUAUGACUACAGAACCGUUGCAUUCAUUAUUAGAUGAAAAUAAUAUUUUGACAUUAAUUAAUGGAAACCGAAUAAAAUUUUCUCCGAAUGUGUUUAUAUUUUUUGAAGUUGAAAAUUUAAAAAAUUGUACACCAUCAUUUAUUAGUAGAUCUAGAAUUGUUUAUGUGAAUGAAGAUGAAUUUAAUUAUGAAUGGUUAAUUGAUAGUUAUUUAAAAAGUAAUAAAUCUAACAUUGAGGAAAAAAAUUUAAUACAAGGAUUAUUUAAUAAAUAUAUAAAAAAAGUAAUGAAUGCUAAAAAGAAUAAGUAUAAUUUAAUAAUAGAUAUCAGUGAUGCUAAUAUUAUAAUAUCCAUAUGUCAAUUAUAUGAUAUGUUAUGUAAUUUAUAUGAUAAAAAUUUCCCAAAAAAUUUAAAUCCAUCAUUAUGUUUAGAAAAAUUAUUUCUUCAAUCUAUCAUAUAUAUUUUUUCUAAUAUUCUAUGUCCUAAGAGUAAAGAAUUAUUUGAUAAAUUAAUCAAAAGUAUUGAUAACACCUUCCCAUAUUUACAUACCGUUUUUGAUUAUAUAAUAAGUAAGAAUAAUUUUAAUUGGGUAUUAUGGGAUGAAUUAAUUACAACAAAUCAUAAUUUUCUACCAAAUAUUAAAGAAAAGUUUUUCUUUUCUUAUGAUAAUUAUAAUAUUGGUAAAAAUGAUAGUAAUAGUUUUAAAUAUAUGAAUGUUAAUCAAUUAGGAGAAACAGUAAAUCAAGAAACCGAUUUUAAUAAAUUUUUUCUUAGUAGUAAUUUACAUUUCAGUAAAAAUUUUAAUAAAUAUACAAUUAAUUAUAACAAUUUAUUUAGUGAUAAUAAUAAUGUUAAUAAUAAUGAAAAUACUUUAAAUAUUUAUCAGACAUAUCAUCAAAGUUUUAUGUCUUCUAAUAUGAAUAAUAUGAAUGAUAUGAAUAUGUUAGACAAUUAUCAUAUGUUUAGUAAUUAUUCAGAAGACAAUAUACAUUCUAAUAAUAAUUAUCAUUUUGAUUCUUCCAUGUUUAAUAAUAAUAGUAAAAAUUUAUCUAAUCCAUAUUUUUCUGGUAACACCUUUUCACAUAACGAAUUUUCAGACAAUACAUUUUCUUAUAGAUAUAUUAUGAAUAAAACAAAAAACAAAUAUGGGAAUAUACAUCAUAAUGAUAAUUAUAUGAAAAGUAGUGAUAAUUAUGUAAAUUAUGAUGAUAAUAUAAAAUAUAUUGAUAACAAUAAUAAUAAAAAUAAUAAUAAUAUUGAUAACAAUAAUGAUCACAAUAAUGAUAAUAAUAAUAAUAAUAAUAAUAAUAAUAAUAUUCAUGAUGAUCAUUUUAAUAUUGUCAAUGAUAAUUAUAUAGAAAGUUAUAAUAACCUUUCUAUGAAAGAUAAUAUAUAUAGUAAAAAGGAUGAAUAUAACGAAAAUUAUAUUGAAAAAUCCAAAGAAAAAUAUUUCCAUCAAAAAUUUAAGGACAAUAUUUUUAUUGAAAAUGUAGAAUCAUUACGUAAAAAAAAUAUGAUUAGCAUUCUGAUGUAUAAUAAAAAAAAUAUCUUACUAAUAGGAAAUAAAUAUAGUGGGAAAACGUUUUUUAUGAAAUAUAAUAUAUUACCAUAUAUUAAGGAAGAUAUAUCAAGUUAUUAUACCUUUAUUUCAAAAUUAUAUAAUUCUAGUAAACUAGAGAAAAUAAUAGAAAUGAAUGUAGAAAAAAAAUGCAGAAAUGUUUAUAAACCAAUUGGGAAUAAAAAAUGUUUAUAUGUUAUUUUAGAUGAUUUAAAUAAUAUUCAAAAAAGUAAUAAUUCCUACAUUGAAGAUUAUAAUAAUAAUAUGAUACAGAAUAAUUUAUUAUUUAAUUUCAAUAUCAACAAUCAGAAUGAUAUAUCUACAAACAUAUUUGAUAAUAAUAAUUAUAAAAAUAAUAAAAUGAGAUACCUCAAUAAUUGUAGUGUUCUAGAAUUUAUCAACCAAUUUAUAGAUUAUAAUAUAUAUUAUAAUAAAGAUAGUGACUCAGUAAAGAAUGUAGAGAAUUUGGUUUUCUUUUUAAUAUAUGGAAAUAAUAAAAAAUAUACAUCUACCUUUAAUAGAAAGAUAAUAAAUAGGAUGUAUAUAAUACAUUUAAACGAAAUGGAUGAAACCAAUAUAAAGAAUACUUUCCAUGCUUUCUUAAGACAUAAAUUUACUAACUUUCAUGAGGUUAUUAAGAAUUUAUCAGAACCUUUGUCUGCAUCAACUGUUAGAUUCGUUUUUGAAUCGGCAAAAAAUUUUAAACCAAAUUUAAAUUGUUAUCAUUAUUUCUUUCAUUUAAAACAUAUUUUUAAAAUAAUAAAAGGAAUAUUUUUAUCAGAAGCUCCUAUUUAUGAAGAAAAAGAAAGUGUGUUACGCUUGUGGGUAAAUGAAUGUUGUCGAUCUUUAGGAGAUCAAUUAAUUUUACAAACGGAAAGAAAAAGAUUCAAAACUAUUUUAAAAAAUAUUUUACGUAAAAAGUUUUAUAUUAUGUACAAUUAUUUAUUUCCUAAAAGGAAAACAUUUUAUUUUUGUUCCUAUAAUUUUCAUGACACUAAGAAUGAAAAACCAUAUUUUUUCUAUCAACCCAUAUCCAAUGAAAAUAUAUUAAUAGAAUUUUUCAAGAACGUUAUAUCUUCUAUUAACACAUUUGUUGUUUGUAAUUACGAUCAGAAAAAAAAGGAAUAUUUUAGAAACGAAAAUGUAGAUGCAAAUAUAAAUAUGAAUAAUGAGAAAAAAGAAAGAAAUCUUCAUUUAAAUGAAAAAGAGGAAAUGAUAAAAGAUAAUGAAAAUAAUAGUACAUACAAAAUUUUUAACACGUUAGUAGAUUCGAAAGCUAUAAAAAUAAAUCAAGAAGACGAAAUUAUCUAUACUAAUAUAAAUCGUGCAGAUAAUAUAAAAGAAAUGAUGAAUGUAUCUUUAGAAAAAGGUCAAAUUAAAAUAUCUAAAGAAAUAGAAAAGUUAGUAAACAAGAAUGAUAAUGAUUUUAAUAAUAUGAAUAACCCAAUAAAUUUUAUUUUAUUUAAAGAUGUCAUGUUAAAUAUAUGUAAAUUUUCUAGAAUUUUUCUUUUCGAAAAUGAGCAUUUUAUAUCUAUUGGAGAUAGUAGUCAAGGAAAGUUUACCUGUUGUUUAAUAGCAUGUUAUAUAUAUCAAAUAAAAAUUGAUAUUAUUAAAAAUUUUUAUUAUAACAAAAUGAAUAUGGAUAAUAUGGAUAGUACAAAUAAUAUGGAUAAUACGAAUAAUAUGGAUAAUACGAAUAUUAUGGAUAAUACGAAUAAUAUGGAUAAUACGAAUAAUAUGAAUAAUAUUAAUAAGAUAGAAGAUAAAUAUAAUAAUAAUAAUAAUGCACAUUUUAAUAUUAAGAAGGAAGACAUGAAUUUUGUGAUUGAAACCAAUAAUGAUAAAAAGGAUAAAGAAAUUAUAUAUAAAGCUGUCGACGAGGAAGAACAUAAAGAAAUAAUGGAAAUAAAAGGUAUAUAUAAACAAGAUGAAGAUAAUAAAGAUGAGACAAAUGAUAUACAAAAUGAUAAAAAUCAUAGGAAUAAUCUUGAGACAUUUUCUAACAGGUCAGAGAAUGAAAAUUUUUUAAAAGAGGAUAAGAACAUUAACCAUAUUGAUUACAUACAAAAUGGUAACAUGAAAUGUAACAAAGGAAUUAAUGAUAAAGAGGAACAGACGAAUAAAUUAAAUACCAAUUUGUUAAAUAAUAAGAAUCUUUCUGUUAUAGAAAAAUUAAAAUGUAAUUAUUUUAUAAAAAAAUUCAAAGAAGCAAUAUUUAAUUGUUAUAAGAAUGAGAAACGAUGUGUAUUGUAUUAUUUAGAUGAUAAAAUGAAUUAUGACAUUUUAGAAUUUCUACAUAUAUUAUAUAAUAAUGAUAAUUUAAUAAAUAUAUUUAAUAGUGAAGAAAUAGCUUUUUUAAAAAAUAUACUUUUGCAAAAAGACAUAAAUCUUAAAGGCUUUGAUACAUUAGAUGAAAUAAUUGAAGAAUUAAUUAGACGAAAUUAUCAUUAUAUAUUAUUUACAUCAUUAAAGAGUAAAAUGUUUAAAAAACUAGCCUAUGAAUAUAAUUCUAUAUUAAAAAAUUCUACUGUUAAUUAUUUUUUUCCUUGGAAAAAUAGUUCAUAUAAUAUAAUAGCACAUGAAACACUGAAAAUGAAUAAUCUGAAUAUUAACAUUUUUAGUAAUUUACAUAAUGCUGCUUUAAAAAUGUUUCAAACGAUAUUUAUUAAUGUAGAUGAAACAUUAGAUCAUCAUGAAAUGAGACAAGGAAAUCAUUUCUUUUUAAAUGAAUUUAUUAGUCAUAUGGAUAAUAAUAAUUAUCAUUAUAAAAAUGUAAAUGAAAAAGAAACAGGUAAUACGAAACCAGGAAAUGAAAGUAAAAUAUUCGGUACCAAUGUAAGUUUAACCACAUCUAAAAAUGUAAUGGGACAAGAAGACAAGCAAAUUGCUCAAAUAAAUAAUAGUUUACAGAUGAAUACAAAAGAAAGCUAUAAAAUGAGUUCUGAUAUUAAUCGAAGUACUGUACAAAAUAAAGGAUCAGGUAAUAAUGAUGAAGUUGAUGAAAAUAACCCUACAAAUGAUGACAGGAAUGAAGAUGAUGAAGGAGAAAACAAUAUUAAGUAUAUAAAAAACUCUAAAAUAGUUGAAGAUAAAUUGAAUAUACAAAAAUAUAUUAAUUUUAAACAUUUUUAUAAUUUCCUUAUAUUUUUUGAACAUUUAUAUAAAAAGAAAUCAGAAGAAACCAAUAAACAAGAGAAAAAAAUUAGUAUAGCUUUAAAUAAAUUAGCUGAUGCAAGAAAUGAAAUACAAAAUAUGCAAAUCCAGUUAAGUCUUCAGAAAGAAAAUAUAUCAAAGAAGCAAAUAGAAUGUGCUAGACUAUUAAAAGAAAUUGAAGAAAAGAAAAAAGAAUCUAAUGAAAAGAAAAAGAAAAUACAAGAAGAUAGUAUUAGAAUAGCUAGUGUAGAAGCUGAAACACAAAAAUUAGCAGAAGAUGCAAGAAAAGAUUUACAAAAUGCAAUACCUGAAUUAGAGGUAGCUACACAAUCAUUAGAACAAUUAGAUAAAAAAAGUAUUUCAGAGGUUAAAGCAUAUACAAAACCUCCUGAUGUAGUUAUGCAAACCUUAUCUAUUGUUAUGAUAAUAUUAAAUAAGACACCAAGUUGGGAACAAGCUAAAAUUGAAUUAGGAGAUGCUAACUUUUUAUAUAAAUUAAAAACAUUUGAUAAGGAUACUAUAUCAGAUAAAACCUUGAAAAAAAUUGAAAAAUUUACGAAAAAUCCGAUAUAUUCUCCUAAAGCUGUAAAAAAGGUUUCUUCGGCUACUGGUACUUUAUGUAUGUGGGUUCAUGCAUUAAAAAUGUAUGCAGAAGUUUAUAGGGAAGUAGCACCAAAAAGGUUAAGAUUAAAAUUAGCUGAAGAAUUAUUAAGUAAAAAUAGGAAAGAACUUGAAUUAGCCAUGGAUCAACUUCAUGAAAUAGAAAAAACAUUAUUACAUUUACAAGAACAACAUAAUGAAAGUACUAAAAAAAGUGAUGAACUAAGUAAGUCAUAUGAAGAAUCUUGUUUAAAAAUUGAAAAUGUAGAAAAGUUUUUUGUUAAUCUUAUAGAUGAAAAGAAUCGUUGGGAAAAAUAUGUAAAUAAUAAUGAACGUAUAAAAAAAUGUAUUUAUGGAGAAUCUAUUUUAUCCUCUUUCUUUUUAGUUUAUACUGGCUUAUUAAAUUAUGAAGAUAGGAAAUAUUUAAUAUAUGAUACAUGUACAAAAUUAUUAAUAAAAAAUCACAUAUCAGUUAAUACAAAUUUUAAUGUAGUUGAUUAUUUUAUAGACCCAAUACAAUCAUUAGAAUUUAAUACUAAUUUUAUAUCUAAUGAUAAUUAUAUGAAGGAGAAUUGUAUUCUCAUAUAUAAUAAUUUUAUUGCUACAUUGAUAAUAGAUCCACAUUAUCAGGCAGUCAAUUGGAUAAGGAAAAGUUAUAAAAAUAUUGAAAAUAGCAUAUUAGUAAUAUCUGAUGUUCAUGCAUCCGAUAUAUUUUUUAAAAUUAUUUAUUGUAUGGAUAAAGGUCUUAGUUUAUUAAUAAAUCAUAUUAACGAAGAUUUGGAAGACAUAUUACUUUUAACUAUUAAAAAAUAUAACAAAUUUCUUUUUGACAAAGAAAAUAGGUUACCAGUAGCAGAUUCAAAGGAUGAUUCUAUAAGAUCAAAUAAUGAAUUAAUAAAUGAAUAUAUCAAAAAGAAGAACAUUUUGUAUUCGCAACAUGGUGAUAAUAUUAUAUCUUAUGAAGAGAAAAAGUAUUUUAUAAAACUACAAUUAUUAAAUGAUAUACAAAUACAUGAAAAUUUUAAAUUAUUUCUAGUGUCUAAUAAAAAUUGCUUUCAUCUGGAUCCAGUAUUUUAUACAUUGACUACUGUUAUUGUAUUUAACUUAAAUAAGGAGGCACUAGACAACAUUAUGUUAAAUGUUAUUAUAAAGAAUGAGGAAAAGAAUUUGGAAGAAGAAAAUAAAGAAUCCGUUCUUCGUUUAGUUCGUAUUAAAAAAGAAAUAAUGAAUUUAGAAAAUAAUAUAUUAGAAAAUGUAACUAAGAGUCAAAAAAAAAUUACAGAAGAUGAUGAAUUAAUUAAUAUUCUUUUAAAAUCUAAAGCAGAUAUAGAUGAAAAGAAUAGAUGCUUAGAAGAGAUUAACGACACACUUAAUAGAACUAAUAUGAAUAGAAACAUUUUUAAAGCUUUAGCUAAAAAGAUUUCUAUAUUAUUUACAGUAUUAAGUGAUUUAAAAUAUAUUAAUAGUUAUUACCAAUUUUGUUUGGAACAUUUUAUUAAUUUUUUCACAUAUAGCAUAACUAUAUAUAAGUCAAAUAAUAAAACAUUAUCAUCAUCCUCUUCAGAGAGACAAGAAAAUUUAUUUAACUAUUUUUUUUACGAAUUUAUAAAAUAUACUAAGAUUUCUUUAUCAAGCAAGCAUCAUUUAUUUUUCACAUUUUAUUCGCUAUGCAAAAUUAUGGUUUUUGAAGAUAAAAUAUCUAAGGAGGACUAUAAUUUUUUUAUGUUUGGAAAGCACACAGAUACUGAAAAAAUGAAGGAAAUGAAAAGGAGGAUAAAAAUGGAAGAAGAAAUAAAAAAGGAAACAAGCAUGGAACUAUCCGAUGAUAAGGAAGGAAAAAAGAAAUAUCCCAAUAAAAAGAAGAUCAAAAAAUUAAAAACAAGAAUAAAAUCGAAUGCUGAUAAAAAUAGUGAAAAUAAAGACAUAUCUAAGGUUUCAAGUUCUGCUAAAAGUGUUAUUAAUAAGGAAAGUGCCAAUCGAAAGUUCAAUGGGGAGGAGGUAAAAGGAGAAAAGAAAGAUGAAGAAGAAGAAGAUGAAGAAGUAGAAGAUGAAGAAGAAGAUGAUGAAGGAGAAGAUGAUGAAGAAGAAGAAGAGGAUGAAGAAGAGGAAGAUGAAGAAGAAGAAGAAGGAGAAGAAGAUGAAGAUGAGGAAAAUGAAGAAAAUGAUGACUAUAGAGAAGAUGAAAAUGAGGAAGAUUACCGUUUUGAUGUAAAUAAUGAUGAUAUGCAUAGUAGUAGCAAAAAUAGUAAUAAUAAUAAUAAUAAUAUCAAAAAUGAUGAUGGUCAACUACAAAAUAUUACGUUAGAAAAUAAUGAAAAAAAUAAUGAAUCUAAUAAUAAUAAAACCAAUGCAGACAUAAAGUCAGACAAGAUGAAAUCCAAUUUGGAUAUCCAAAAAAACAAAAAAAAAAAUAAAAAAAGGAAAAAUAAAAAAAAUAAAAUUAAUUUAAAAAAACAAAACAGAAGCUAUGAAAUUAAAGAAAAUACUUACGCAGAUUAUUCCGAAUUUGAUAAUAUGAAUGAUAAUGACAUAGAACAUGAAGAUAAAACUAUGGAUGUUAUAAAUCCGGGUAAUGAUUGGAUAAGUGAUAUAAAAUGGAAACAAUUAUUAGAUAUAGAAAAAUUAAAAAAUUUCGAAGGAUUUAUAAAUUCAUUCAUUAAAUCUAUUAGAGAAUGGAGAAGAUGGUAUACUUAUUUACAAGUGGAAAAUCUUGUAUUUCCAGAUGAAUGGGAAUAUAAUUUAAAUAGUUUUCAAAAAUUGAUUAUAAUAAAAAUAUUAAGACCAGAUAGAUUAAACAAAGCAAUAGAAAAUUUUAUUUUUUCUAAUAUGUCAUAUAAUGAUAUAGAUGUAGAAUACAUGAAUUUUGAAUAUAUAUUACGUCCUUGUAAAAAAAAUAUAGAACCAUUAGUUAUUAUAUACAAACCUAAUUAUGAUCCAUUUGAAUAUAUUUAUAAAUACGCUUUGGAUAAUAAUCAAAAGUUAAAAAAUAUUACUCUAACGAAUUAUAAUAUAAAUUAUAUAUAUAAUUAUUUAAGAGAGGCAAUGAAAGAAGGACAUGUUUUAUAUAUAACAAAUUUACACAAUUCUAAUGAAAAUUUAUUAAAAUUGACAAAGUUAAUUGAAGACAUAUUAAAUAGUAAUACAAAAUAUAUACUUAAUAGUUCUGAUGAUAUUAAUGUGGAGGACAAAUAUGAUAUAAACUCUAUGAAUAUAUCAAGAGUAGAAGAACAUAAACAUAAAGAAAAAGUACAUGUAAAUUUAUAUGAGGAAGAAAAUGUGUUGGAUAAAAAUGUUGAUGAUGAUAAUAAUAACAAUGAUAUAGAUAAUGAAAAUGGUAGAGAAUAUAAUGAAUUAUUUAGUACCUUACAUAAUAAUAAAAAAAUAUAUGAUAGCAUAAAAGAUGAAAAAUAUAAUACUAUGAUGAUUAAAAACUUUUUGAAAAAGAGAAAUAAAUUGAUUAGUGUUCAUCCAAAAUUUCGUUUAUUCUUGUCAACAUUACCUGGUAAAGAAAUACCUAUAUCUUUAUUACAAAAAAGUAUUAUUGUUAUUUUGGAAGAACCACAUAAUAUAAAAAAGAGUAUAUCUAUAUUAUUUAAAGAACAUUGGGCAUUAGAAGAAAACAAGAAUGUUCAAUCAAAUAAAUAUAGAAAAUUACUUUUAAGUUUAUUUUGGUUUCAUUCUAUUUUAAAUAAUAGAAAAAAAUUUGAUAAUUUAGGAUGGAAUAAUGAAGAAUAUUUUUUCAGUAAUAAAGAUGUCAUCCUAAGUAAAUAUAUAACUAAAAUAUUUUUUAAUAAGAGUGUAAAAGAAAUACAUUGGCCAUAUUAUUAUUUCUAUAUUUGUGAUAUUAUAUAUGGUUCAAAAAUGGAUGAUUAUUUUGAUAAGCAAUUAUUAAAUAUAUAUGCCAAAGUAUUUUUUAAUAAUAAUAUAUUUAAAGGAAAAUAUAUAUUCUCUAGUUCAACAAAUUAUUGUUUACCAAUAGAUGUAAAUAAUGAAAAGUUAUUAAAUAAUUAUUUAAAAGAAAUUCCUUAUAAUGAUAAUGUAGAAUUAUUUGGACAGAAACCAUAUGCAGAAAUGUCAUAUAAUACAGGUGCAUCAGAAGAAAUUAUAUCAUUACUUUUUUCUGUUAACUCCUUGAGUUUGAAUCAGUAUCAUUUCCAUAACAAAAAUAAUAUAAAUAUAAAUGAAAAACUUGUAUACUAUUUUACAAAAAAGUUACUACUUAAUAUGCCUCGUGAAAUAUACGUGGAUGAAUUAAUGAAAAAACAAUAUAAUCCUGAACAAUAUAUAUAUGCAAAUCUAUUAUUUAAGGAAGUGAAUAAACAUAAUAUUAUUUUGAAAAAAAUAAGAACUUCUCUUAAUAAAGUACAAUAUGCUCUAAAAGGAGAAAUUACAAUAAAUAAAAAAAUAUACGACAUGUUAAAAUGCCUAAGUGUGGGUGUGGUACCUCAAACGUGGAAAAAACUUUACGCCUCAAAGAAAAAAAUCCUUUAUUUUUUCGAAGAUUUAAAAGAAAGAAUUAAUCAAUUAAAUCAAUGGAGUAUAAAUGGACAUUUACAAAUUUAUUGGUUAGGAGGUUUUUGUAACCCUAAAAGUAUUUUAAAAUAUAUUUUGCAUGAAUAUUCUAAAAAAAAUGACGUAAGUCAUGAAUUAAUUACCUUUGAAUUUAGUUCCAUAAAUAAAUCUGAUGAAAAUAAAUUAAAAGUUAAAAAUAUGGAUGAAGGCAUAUAUAUAAAAAAUAUAAUUUUACAAGGUGCUAAAUGGGAUUUAAUUAAUCAAUCUUUAAUAGAAACAGAUAACAAUAAUUUAUAUUUUAUUAUACCAUUAGUUUAUCUGAAAGUUGUUUUAAUAAAAAAUAGUAAAAAUGAAAAUGAUAUUUAUUAUUGCCCUCUAUAUAUAUGUGAAGAAAAGAACGUUAUGGACAUUAGAGAUAAUUAUUUAUUUCUGGUUGGAUUAAAUGCCGGUUCAAUAAAUCCAUCCGAAUGGGGGAAAAUGGGUGUUAGAUUAUUUUUAACUAAUGAGUGUUAA